UUUUUUUUUUCGAGUCUGCGCCAAAUUGAUAAAGAACCGAGAAGUUAUUAGCUUAUCGGUUUGUCAUUGAUUCCCAAUUGCAGUUUACUUAUCAACAUGGAUUUGCUAAAAUUACUCCUCUACGUCACGUUAACCCUGAGCUUACUGACCCAAACAAAUGGACAAAGAUUGUGUAGAACUCCAAGUGGAAAUAGAGGAGAAUGUAUAUCAAUCUACGACUGCCCGAACCUUCUUCGUCUAUUACGAAGUCCAAGCCUGACCCAAGAUAUAAUAACAGACCUUAGGAGACUUCAAUGCAGCAGGAGAUCCAAUGAAAGUACCUUUGUUUGUUGUGAACGAAGUCAGGAGCAAAACGUACGACCGAACCAAAUCGUAACGUCAAGCAACAAUCGAGGAAACGUAAUCGAUACUUGCGGUAUUGAAGGUACUACACGUAGGAUACUAGGAGGAGACGAAGCCAAGUUGAGCGAAUUUCCUUGGAUGGCUCUUCUGGAAUAUGAGCGCAGGAACGGAACUUGGACCCAGGAAUGCGGAGGUUUUUUGAUCAAUACUAGAUAUGUCGUUACAGCGGCUCACUGCGUUGCAGGCAGAUCAGUAGACAAUGUAGGACGACUAGUGAAUAUCCGGAUAGGUGAGUACGAUACCGAAACCAAUCCGGAUUGCGUUAAUGACGGAAUCGAAGAGACUUGCAACGAUCCGGUACUGAACAUGGGAGUUGAAGAAAUUAUUACACAUGAGGAUUACAUCCCUGAUACCCCGUCUAACAAUCAAAACGACAUCGCACUCAUACGUAUGUCGGGUAAUGUAAGGUAUACAGAAUUCGUCGUUCCUAUCUGCUUGCCUACGCCUGACUUUCGCGGAACACCGGUUGGAAGUGAGGUCACAAUAGCUGGCUGGGGCCAAACCCUAGAUCAAACACGAAGCUCUGUUAAAAUGAAGGUCAAUAUCCCUGUGGUCAGUUUCGAACGAUGUCAGAGGGAAUAUUCAGGGAGAACAAAUCUCGAUCCAGACUUACAAAUCUGCGCUGGUGGCAACUACAUUCAAGAUUCCUGCUUUAGGGACUCAGGAGGACCUCUAAUAUCUCGCCAAAAUGGAGCCUGGAUUGCCGAAGGUAUUGUUUCCUUCGGAAUAGGCUGUGGAUUGGAAAUCUCUUCAGUCUACACAAGAGUAUCUGCUUAUGUGCCAUGGAUUCUUAGCAAUAUGAGGCCUUAUGCAGAAGUUGGUAAUGUAAAUGGUCGUUCAAUUGGGAAUGAGAAACUUUUCGAUCAAAAUGAAGUGCAAGACAAUUUCGUGCAUGAAUAUGAGAAAAGUGAUCAGGUGAAGGGUAUUAAUGACUUAGAUUGGAUACCUGAACAAAUUGGUGUAAGAGAUGCUACUGGAGAACUUCAAGUUGAUACCUGGUGGAGACCACCGUUGCCUCCUUUAACGGAUGAUUGGGUGACUCCAUGGGAUCCACCAAUUAGUAGUACUCCUUGGACUCCUCCAACCCCACCUACAAGUAGCACUUGGGCAACACCUUGGGAUCCCCCACUAACAGAUGAUUGGAUAACUACUACACCACCAACAACAACAACAACUGAAGCUUCUCUUCCUCCUGGUUGGGAUCCACCCCAAGCGCCUACGAUAAGACCACCAGUUAAUGAGUCAGGUCCACCAGGACCUCCAGGAUGGGAACCUCCGUUGAAUCCCACAGUAUCCCCUCCGAUCGCUGAAACAACACCGCCCUGGUGGCAACCACCUUCCAAUCCUACAAUUACAGCACCGACGGAAUCACUUCCACCAGAUUGGAUGCCUCCUAGUAAUCCCACGUUUACUACUCCAACAACAACUACUACCACAACAACGACAACACCAACAACAACGACUACUACUACUACUACCACACCUCCUACUACAACUACAACAGCAGAUCCAAAUGAAACGGAUACAAUCCCAGACGAUUGGGAACCUCCAGGAGUUCCAACUGUUACUACUCCAGCACUUCCAAGUUCUGAAGAAAUUUCAGUAGGAAGUGUCGGAGUAGAGUGCAUAAAUGUGAUUAAAGGGAUGAAAUUUUCAGUCAUGUGGGAUUACUUUAGAGUCAGAGUUAAAAUUUCCUAUUGUUUUAUUCUCAUUUUCCUCAAUGUGUCACUUAUUAAAUCAGAAACGAAUUUCUCAUCAUGUGAUAUCCCAAAUGAAUUUGAGGAGGGUGAAUGCAGGCUAACCAGUGAUUGUCCAGUAUAUCGACAAUUACUGGAACAGAGACCAUUGCGAGGGGAUAAGAUAAAUUUUCUCAAACGACUUCAAUGCACUGAGGAAAAUUCAAUUUGCUGCACAAAAGAAGGAAACUAUAAUAAACCCAGCAUUGAAAGUGACCCAGCAACCAAGAAGGAGAGAUCUCAUACGGUCAAUGUGGCUUUUGAGAAUCGUUUUGGUGGUGAUGAAUUGCCCGCCCUCAGAGAAUGUGGAAAUUCUCUGGGAAACAAAAUUAUAGGUGGUCAAAUUGCUAACAUCGAUGACUUCCCCUGGACGGUUCUACUGAUUUAUGAAUCAAGCUCUGGCGCAAAGCCCCAAUUCGGAUGCGGAGGAGCUCUAAUUUCACGGAAUUAUGUCUUAACGGCCGCACAUUGUGUCACAGGUCCAAUCACUGACACGAAAGGAAGCCUAAUCAAGGUUCGCUUGGGUGAAUACAAUACCGACACCAGUGAAGAUUGCAUCCAAGAGAUCGACGGAUUGGACUGUGCUGACCCAGCGGUGGACAUUGACGUUAUGAAAGUGAUUCCCCAUCCGGAAUACAAUUCAGCCACACGUCACAAGUACCACGAUAUUGCGCUCAUUAAACUGGCCAGACCUGCAAAUUACACGGACUUCAUCCAGCCCAUUUGUCUGCCAAUGAAUGGCCUCGACCAUGGCAUCAUGAAUGGGCAGCGACUCUGUGUUGCCGGAUGGGGAAGAACUGACAUGUUUCGUGAAACACGUGGCUUCCAGCCGAGUCCAAUCAAGUUAAUCGUAAGGUUACCCAUCAUCGAUAUCUCAACCUGUUCUAGGGCUUACCGGCCUUCGAGAUUGAUCUUGGGCCAGGGUCAGGUAUGCGCAGGUGGGAAGAAGUCCGAAGACACUUGUCCAGGAGACAGUGGGAGUCCGUUGAUGUAUUUCCAUUCAAAACUUGGGAAAUGGGUGGCUUCAGGAGUUGUAAGUUUGGGGCUAAAUGAGUGUGGUACCGAUGGAAUACCAGGAGUCUACACCCGAGUUGACACCUACCUGCCCUGGAUUCUGUCAACCAUCGAAGCCGAUUGA